CAAAUUUCAACUCUUUUCUUUCUCUCUCUCUUCUAUAAUCUCAAACAAACCCUAGCUUUCUCUCUCUUCCUCCCACCCCUCUCUCCACCUCUCUUAUCAUCUCUCAAGAGACUUUUUUUUUUUUUUGGUCAUGAACGAUCCUGAAGAUUCCGAUCUGAGCAAGGACGAUUCCACUUGGAGACAACUAACAGCUUCUGAUUCUGUCUUUUUCGACAGAGACACUUCCAGUAUCCUCUCUGACUUUGGCUGGAACCUCCACGCUUCUUCUUCUGACCAUCAUCACAAUCUCCGGUUCGAUCCCGGUUUAACACCUUCUCCCGUCACCACCACCGCAACGCCUGAACCGCUUCCAGCUUCCGCAUGUUCCUCAACCGUCGCUGCUUCUUCGGUUGUCGUUAGAGAGGUUUCAACCUCUAAUAAUCCUUCAGCUACCUCCAGUUCAAGCGAGGAUCCGACAGAGAACUCAACCGCGAAAACACCGGAGACACCAAAGAAGGAGAAGAAGCAGGUUCAGAAGCGGAUCCGGCAACAAAGAUUCGCAUUCAUGACCAAGAGUGAUGUAGAUAAUCUUGAAGAUGGAUAUCGAUGGCGUAAGUAUGGACAGAAAGCUGUCAAAAAUAGCCCAUUUCCAAGGAGCUACUAUAGAUGCACCAACAGCAGAUGCACGGUGAAGAAGAGAGUGGAAAGAUCAUCUGAAGAUCCAUCGAUAGUGAUCACAACAUACGAAGGACAACAUUGUCACCAAACUAUUGGAUUCCCUCGUGGCGGAAUCCUCAGUGCUCAUGACCCUCAUAAUUUCACAUCAUAUCAUCAUCAUCUCCCUCCUCCAUUGCCAAACCCUUAUUACCAUCAAGACCUCAUUCAUCAACUUCAUAGAGAAAAUUCUUCUUCACCGCAUUUACCCUCAUCUACUACUGAAGAUGGACAUGCUGCAGAGUCGUCUAUUAAUCCAUCAGAAAAAGGCUUACUUGGUGAUAUUGUUCCUCAAACCAUGCGCAAUCCUUGAGGUGCCAUUACAGCAAAUCAUCAUAAUCUUGGUGACAAUAGCUAAGGACGUGCAUUCCAGAAGAUAUUGCAGACCGGAAAAUUAUAUGGCCGCAAUGGGGUGUAAGAAGAUAUCUCUACAUAUUAUUUCAUUGUUGAUCAAUGGUGUUUCAUCACCGGAGGGAUUGCAAAUUCUUAAGAUGCAUGUAUUGGGGAAAAACGUGGAGCAAGCUCCGGAUACUUUCUAUUUGCUAAUCUUUUUUUUCUUGUCUGAGUGUUAUAAUUACUUUAGAUUUUUAUCUUUAAAUAACUUUAGGUUGAUAUAAUGAUAUUU